UCCGAUUUCAACUUUCAGUAAGCCUAAUGUGUGCAUGUGCGCUUGGGCGCGUUGUCCUGCCUGCUUAAUGUGUUCCUCUCCGCCCCUAAGCGUUUCAAGGAACAUUGUAACAUCCGAGCAGUGUUUGUUCUAAGAGGAAGCGCCUGUGAACUAGACCGUCAGAGCCGGAAAGAAGGCACAAUGGCAGAGAACAAGAUUGGGCCGAAUAUUGGUGCUGGGGCUGGAAUUUUUGCUAAACGGGUACAAAAGUCAUUGAAUCGAGCUCAGGAAAAGGUACUACAAAAACUGGGUAAAACCAUGGAGACCAGAGAUGAGCAGUUUGAGCAGUGCUCCCUUAAUCUUAUCAAGCAACAGACUGAUGGGGGCAGGCUGCUAAAAGAUGUACGGGCAUACUUCACAGCUGUGAAAGCAAUGCACGAAUCAUCCAAGCGUCUGUCCCAGACGUUAAAGGAUGUGUACGAACCAGAGUGGCAAGGAGGAGAAGACCUACCCAUCAUUAUGGAUAGUGAAGAUCUUCUUUGGAACGACUAUGAAGAGAAACUAGCUGACCAGAUCGUGCACACCAUGGAGAAUUAUAACAGCCAGUUUCCUGAGGUCAAGGAGCGCAUGGCCAAACGGGGUCGCAAGCUGGUGGAUUACGACUCCUCGCGCCACCACUUGGAAGCGCUCCAGAGUGCCAAAAAAAAAGACGAUGGGAAAAUAGCCAAGGCAGAGGAGGAGUUCAACAAAGUACAGAGAGUCUUUGAGGAAAUCAACAAAGAACUAAGAGAGGAGCUUCCAGUUCUCUAUCAGAGCCGGAUUGGAUGCUACGUGACCGUAUUUCAAAACAUCUCCAACCUGAGGGACGUGUUCUACAAGGAGAUGAGCGUGCUGAACCAUGAGCUAUACAAUGUGAUAAAGAAACUUGAUUCUCAGCAUUCAGGGAAAGCCUUUAUCAUCAAAGGCCUCAACAGUGGGACUAAAUCAAGCAAGAAGAUGAAGUCCCUGGUUAUCUCUGCCCCCAUUCCUUGCAACACAGCCUUCCCAACAGACCACACCUCUCUCCAUACCUCCUUGGCUCCCAGUGGCAAAGAUUCUGACCCCUUUGCCCAUCCACAAAGUAUCUUGGAGGAGUUCUCUCAGGAAGUCGAUGGCAGCAGCCGGGGAAGGUCUCCUCAACUCACCACGGGCAUUUCUGAAAUGUCAGACUUGGAGGAGCUGAGCUACAUGGGUCCUGGGAUGCCCAAACGCCAGUCCAUGUGCGACAGUGAGAAUUCCACCCCAAGCGAUGGCACCAGUGAAGGUCCCAGCCACCCAGAGAGUAUGGCACAGGAGGAAGACCAGGUUAAUAGCCAAUCUGAGGGCUUGGAGCAGGUGUAUAGCCAAUCUGAGGAGACGUCAGAUCCAAAGGUGACUCCAUCUAAGUUUAUGGAGAGUGAUAUGCCAGCUUCACAGCCCAAACCAGAGAACGCAAAUGUGGCUGAACCUAGGCAGAUUGCCAAACUGCCACCCAUACCUGCUCCUCCCCUUUACUCAAAUAGACACUCCCUCCCUCCUGUGGAGGACAGCCAAGUGGGGGAACAGAAGAAGGAUGAUAAGGGCGAUGGGGUUUCUCAGCAACUCCCCUCAGACACCAAAAGCACUGGUCAUGACAUUUACCUAAAUCCACCUGGCUUCCUUUACAAGGUAUUGGCAUUAGAGGGUUCUGGAGAAGGACAGUUGCAGUUCAGUAAGGGAGACAUCAUUCUGGUCCUGGCUGACACAGAGGAAAAGCAGAAGGGAAUGGUGAGGGGAGUGAGAGAGGAGAGCUGGAUGCAAUACAGGGAUCUAGCAGACCACUCGGGUGCCGUCUCCAACAAUCUAAUUCAACCAAUCUAGUCUUGAGUGAAUCAACAGAAGCUUCUUGGGGCAAUGACUUUGUGUGACACAAACGUUGGCAGUCAACCUUGAUGUCAAGGGCUGAGAAGAGAGAAAUACCCCUCCAGUGGUAUUGGAGUGUGUGGGGGGGGGAGAAAGAUGUUACAUAGUUUUUUUAAGUUUGAACAAAUCUCUGAGACCUUGUGACUUGCAGUAUUUGUAAAGGUAAAUAAAAAAUGCUAUACAUUGACUCGAUUUGAAAACUGAAAAGAUUUGAUUAAUAAAGUUAUCCAAAUGGAAGAA